GCUCCAUGGCAAUUAUCUCCGACCCGCUUCCGAUCCUGCGCCCCGGGCCCAGUUCCGGUCCGUCCGGGUACUGGUCCUAUCGGAAUCGGAAGCACGGUCCUGUGAUUGAGAUCUCCCCGACUCAUCCUUGCCGCCCCUCGGAUACCGAGACUCAUGACAUCUGCUCCCACUCCAGCAACGGCGCCCGGAGGGACUGCUCCGUCUGGAGUCGCCGGCAUGGCCCGUCGUAGCGACGAGGAACCAGAUGUCUUCGACCCGUCGCUCAUGCCAUCUAUCAUCCCGUGGAUAGCAUCUAUCGUAGACAGCUUGAGCGAGGCAAGCCGAGACAGCUCGAGUCUCUUUGUUGCAAGGGGGAACGGAGACGUCACGAAUGGAGACCCCAACGGUGCCCGGGCUCCAAGAGCAGCCUGUGAUUCAGCAUCAACAGCGCUGGCCUCAGGCCCAUCUCACUCAGCCGAUCCAUCCAUUCUCCGUCCUUCUGUGCCGGCCCCUCAAGAUCGAUCCGAUGGUCCUUCCAUCGCCCUGGGUCAAGUCUCGGACGACGAUACAUCCCUCUAUGAUUUUCUCUUCUCCUCCUCGGCCACCGGUAGCGGAGGCGGUCUGCUAGGCUCCUCAUCCGGGGGUCAGCCCUCGGAGCUGAGCGUGAGGAUACUCAGAGAAGCGAGGGAAUUGAGAGACGUCUAUCGGGCUGCAGAGAAGGCGAUUGCUGGCGUCUGGAGGAGAUGAAGAGGAAAGAGCAAGGGCAGCAGCAUCUCAUUGAGCUGGCUACAAAUAGACGUUUUGAUUGUGGGUGCAGGGUAACACAAGAGGAGGACUAAAGAGCAGAGGCCCCAAAGAGGCAAGACCGACAGUCAAUGACCUGUACAGUACCAUAACGAAAGCGUCCACGUCUGUUCUUCUAUCAACGCGAUUCCAGUUCCUUUUCCGAUUUGUGACUCUUCCCCACCACUGCUCAGCGCUCUGUCUUGGGCCG